AUUCGAUAGAGCGUUAAUCAAUUGCAAUAUAUAAUCUCCCAUAUGAAGUACAAAGCGAUAGAGCAUACUGAAAUACAAUCCACUAAGCCCCACCUCUGGAUUUAUCUCCAGCGCAACUUCUCUACCCCAAAUAAAAGUAUUACAGAAGCAGAGACACCAUGGGGCAACCAACUGAAGUUCAGCCCCAAGCAUCUCAAGCAAGCUUGUUCGAGAAAUUGGAAUCAUAUCCAUUUAAUACGGACCCGGAAUUUGCCAACGGUCUCUCUAUUAUACUUGGUCACCCAGACGUCCCCGCAAGUGAGACUGAGAUCAAUCGCGAUGAUGAUCUAGUAUUACAGGCGAAAUGCUUUUACUUCUCGCGGAAAGAAGAUAUAUCGCCACCACUUGACUUUGCGGCAUUUAAAGCGUGGUUGGCAGAGAACGCGGGAGCAGCACAGUCAUCCCACCCAUCCUGCCAGGCUGUUGAACCUGCCAUGCUCUCAAAUCUGACCCAAACUUCUGCACAAGAGCCAACCUAUCCGUCAUCUUUCGCACACAUAGUUGAGCUCAUCACCACCGGUCAACCGAUCCCCGGGAUUCAGCAAAUACCAGACACGGUAUUAACGGGUCAUGAUACCUCAAGCGAACAGCCCAAGAGAUUGAAGCCGUGGGAAAAGGAACGAGACAAGACCAGUGAGGCGGUAUGAAGCGAGAGGGGGAAUGUUGAUAAUGAUGUACGGAGUACGAAUUACAAUCUACUUGAACAGAAAAUAUUGGCGCAAACCAACGCAUUUGUUGUUCCCUCCUCCUCCUCCCCCCUCUUUCUUUCUGAUGGGUUAUUCUGGCAAAUGAUAAUACAACUGGAUUCAUGUUUGGUAAGAAUGAUGAACAAAAGAUCAGCACAAUACAUAAACAAUGGAAACAAAUACAUGUAUGGUGGUAAAGUUCCGCAUCUUGUUGGAUAAACCAAAGCUCCAGCAUAUCAUCGCACACCUUAUCUUUUCUGUACUCU